AUGAAAGCCAAAAGAGCGACACAAAGUGACGUGCGCAAGCACACUUUUGUGCCGUUCACUGACCGGGUUGCUGCGAUCAGGAUUGAUCCGGUCCGCAAGGUGAGCGGCCACCGCAAGCUGCCUGACGCUGAGCAUGGCUCGUAUUUCAUUGAAGCACUUGGUCAGUGGUCUGAGCUCAAUUUGGCCACAAACUUUACGAAUUUCGCCGAAAAGGCGACAAGGCUUUCUUUGAGCCUGCCCUUGAUCAUCCAUAACCAGAAGGAAAUCAUGGAUCUUCUUCUAGAGCAUGCAAAGCGCAUUGAUGCACACUCUGCUGAACCGAUCCUCGACCUGAUCACGCACUUUGCCCACGAUAUGGGCAGUGAUUUCGAGCCUUAUUUUGGCCCCACGCUUACCACGCUCAUAGAAAUCACCGAGAACAUGCAUGGUGAGCCGGAUCUGCAGCUCUACGAACGAGUUUUCAACUGCUUGGCGUAUCUUUUCAAGUAUCUCGCUCGUUUACUGACCACUGACUUGCGUCCCACGUACGAUCUACUUUCCACUUUGUUCGGUAAAGACCAUAAACAGCGGGGCUUUGUGCUUCGUUUCGCCGCCGAGUCUAUGGCGUUCCUUGUUCGAAAAUGCUCAGACGAAAGUCUGUCUCUUAUUUUGAAUCACAUCAUUGAAGACGUUGACCGUCAACAGAACCCACAGUACUCAAAGUCGACCUCAAUUCUCUUGGCCAACACAAUGAAAGGGCCUGGAAGUGGACUGCACUCAAGAGCCCGUGAGCUGGCAACCGCUCUGCUUGAUUCGGUAGUCCAGGUUGGUACGAGGUAUAUUUACAACUUUGCUUGCGACGUAUUUGUUCAGGUGCUGCACCACGUUCGUAAAGAAAGCAGUCAGCCUCUGUAUGAUGCGGUGCUAAAUUAUGGAAAGGCAGAUCCCAGCUUGAACUUUUUAUUGCUCUUCACAUUCGCAGGUCUUCGCAAAGGUGACCGCGUUCACAAUUGGGGCGAGAUAUACAAAAAGCUGGUCGGAUUGCUGUCCAAUGAUCCGGUCCUGUCGGUCGAUGCUGUUUUUGCUACUGCUGUUGUUCUUUCUAAUGCUAGUUUCGAGGCAACCAGUCAGUACUUUGGCCAAGUUUCUUCAGCCUUGAAAGACACUUCAUCUGCGUUGCGAGUAUACACUCUUGUUUCCGAGCUGAAUUCUGAUGUCACACAAACGUUUAUUGAGAAGCUCGCACUACCCAAAUUAGUUUCGGGAAAUGCUCUGGACCAGUGUAUUGGCCUGUUUCUUCUUGAUAUGGAUCAGAAAGUCAACAAGAAGACCAAAUUCAAUGCCAAAGAUUUGCUCGAGGUAUGGUGGAAAAUCCAUGUACUCGAUGACACGUUCACUGGACUACUGAAAAAGCUCGUAGAGGUCCAAGUUGAGAGCAGCUCUCGUGGGUUGCAAGCCGAUAUUUGCGGCACUCUGCUUUUAGCGGAUCCAUCCCCGGCCAAUUACAAGCUUGUUCUUGAACAUUUCAGUUACCUCGAUCCUCGCGAAAGUUUGUUGAAAGGUUUGGCGCUAGGUCUCCCUAGCAAGCUCAGCGAAUCAGAAAAGAAGCACCUUGUCGAGUUACUGCUGGACAGUACAAUGUCGUGGAAUGCUGCUAUUCGGUCUGCUGCUGUCGAGAUCUGCAAAAAGCUGUACCCAACCCCUCUACUCGAUCAAUGUAUUUUAAUCGACCAGAUCCCUAUCGAUGUUUCAAAUUCCCGAAACCUCGCUAUGCAUAUCCGCAACUUGGCGAAAAAUUACUCCACUUCCGGCUCAAACUACAUUGUGGAUCUGGUUGUUCCCCGCUAUAUGUUUGGUCUUUUAACCAGUCGCUUCCAGCCCAUUUGGACCGCAGUUCUAGAACAGGUCCCUGUCCUGUCUGAUAAAAACAAGGAAAUUAUUUGGGAACUCGCAUUGAAGUGGAUCAAAGAUGCCCCUGAGCAGCAAGCCCUCUAUGGAGAUGAUGUGAUGGAGUCGGAGCUACCCCAUAUUCAUGAUUUGGACUGUACGUUCCUCAGCAAGGUUCAACAACGGGGCCGUCAUAUUUGGGCGGACUACGAAGAUCCGGAAACAGCCCUCAAAAUCAGAGCCGCAAAUGAGACUAAUGUCCCCGUACCAGAAGACCUUCGUUCACUUGCUAUCAAGGUUCUUGCUCAGAUACCCAAAACUGCUGAAUCGCACGGUGACACUUUGACCCCAUAUAUCCUACACGAUGCUGGUGAAGAGACCGCAUACAAGGAUCGAGUUGCCCUGCUGGAGCUUUUUGCAAAGUUCACCAAACCACGUAAACUCGAGCGUUUCGACGAACUGUAUGCUCGCUAUUUGUAUUUCUUGGGAUCUCGGCAUCUUCCUAUCCAGAAACUCGCUAUCAAAUGUGUGCUGAGUGACAACAGCUCCUCAGCUGCCGUUCUCCGCAAAUACCGUGAUAACCUUGACGCUCUCACCGACGACGCUAGAUUGAAGGAUGAGAUGACACACAUUGUUGGAUUAAAAGGCACCGGCCAAGAGCAUGCUAUCCAUGACGAUGAUAGACAGAUUGCUAUGCCCAUUGUUGUCCGCUUAUUAUAUGGUAGAGCCCAAAUUGCAAAGUCCACUGGUGGUAUUCGAGCAACUCAGAGACAUGCUGUUCUUACAGCCUUGCAUUCGCUAGAACCCCAGUAUAUCAAGCUGUUCAACGAGCUUGCUGCCGAACAAGUUGAGUUUGGCAGCGAUAUCUCAUCACUUAGACGUCAACAGGGUUACCUAUCGCUUGUUCAGGAUACAAUCCACGAGCUUCAGAGCCUUAUGGUUCACGCUUUAGAUGUUGUGGUACCUGCACUUUUGAAUAUAAUUCAGGUUGUUGAGCGCAUAGGUGAGUCGGAGGAGCAUAUCUUCAAGUCAGCCAAGCAGCUUCGCCAAAGUUCCACCAAAACAUUGGAGAGCCUAUUCUCUUCAAUUGCCGAGCAGGGAUUGUGGGCAGAGUACAUUGAUCGUAUUUACGAGACCUUGAUCAACCCCCAACUGGUAAAUUUCGGUCAGCGGAACCUUGAACAGCCAUCUGCCUUGAUGGUACUAGUUUCUACUUUAUCAGGUGACAUUGGCCUCGUAGGCUAUUUGCGACCUAAGCUUGCUGAGGCACUUGUGUCCUGCAUCACCUUUGCCAAUGUCAAGGAAUCAGUUGUCCAGUUAGUUUUGGGCUUUGUGGAUAAUUUGCUUGAGGCAAACUCAGAACUUGCUCAAGUUGUGGUACCUACAGUCAUUGACCAUCUCCCUUCGCUCCUUGAACGCGAGUUCUCAAUCAAUGCGCUUUCCCAGCAAGUUAGUCUGUUGAACAAACUCGUGGAUCGUGAUAGUGAUUGCUUCUCAAAGGAAACACGCGAUAGUUUGAUCAGCGUGGCCCUGCUGGCAUUGAAUAAGCCUACUGGUAAGGUGCCAACUACCGUCAAGGCGACUCUUCUGGACUCGCUGAGCAAAUUGCUAGUUGACGAGUCAGUUACCGAAGCAAAGAUUGACGAGGCAUAUGUCAAUUUGACUAAAAUGUUUCGCCUUUUCAGUGACCGCCGUGCCAGAGAGAAUCUUGCUCGCUGCUAUGCUUCAUUUGGAGCUCGUUGCCCCAAGUAUGAGCUAGUAGGUGAGCUAGUGGUUGAGCUGAACUCGUUCGAUCAGCGCCGGCUCGGCUUGCCUGAUUUCGACCGACGCCUCGCUGCUUUCGCUAUCAUCAACGAGCAAAAGUAUCUAGAACUGACAUCGAUGGAUUGGCUGGUCUUGGUGUACAACAUGCUAUUUUUCAUCAAGGAUCCAGAGGAGUUGGCUUUGCGGAACAACAGUUCCUACAGUCUCAGAAGAUUUGUUGAUGCUCUUAACGGGGCCGGCGGGGAACACAUUGCCAUCAUGAAUGACGCUGUUCUGCCUGCUAUCAAAUUGGGUCUCAGAGAAAGUAACGAGGCCUUCCGUCUCCUUUACCUCGAGGUACUUGGCCAUUUGGUUCACACAAAUAAGACUGUCGAAAGCAUUCAAGACUUGAAAAAUCUCUAUGUUGAAGACGACGACGAGGUUGACUUCUUCUACAACGUCCAGCAUAUCCAGGUUCACCGCAGGCGUCGUGCAGUUCAACGGCUCUCUUCUGUCGCAAGCGAGGGCAAGCUUUCUGGUACUUCGAUUUCCCAGAUUCUUUUGCCUAUUAUCGAGCACUUUGUGGCUUACAGUGGUAACAAAGAUGGUGAGCUGAAUAACUUGGCUGAUGAUACUAUUUCUGCAAUUGGUGAAUUAACCAAACAUAUUACCUGGAACCAAUUCAGAGCUAUUGUCCGGCGCUAUGUCUCGUUAGUUGUCACAAAACCAUUGGAGAUUCGCAAAAACGUCAAGCUGGUAAAUGCGAUGGGUAUUGCGGUCGAAAACCCGCAUUUCGAGCUGCCGAAGCCUGAAAAGUAUGCUGACUUUGUUGCUAAUGAAGUUGUUGCUCCUUUACACAAGGUUAUGAGCCAGAAGACGAAUGAGCAUGAGAACUUGCCCGAGCGUAUCACGCUAGCCAUCCCAAUCGUGUACUUUUUGCGCAGCUUGCCUAAAGAUGAUUUAGAGAGAGAACUGCCAGGAAAACUCAGCGGCCUCUGCCAAAUCCUUCGCUCAAAGACGCAAGAACUGCGUGAUGUAGUUCGAGAAACCCUUGGUCGUGUCGUUAAAAUCUUGGGACCAGAUUAUUUUGUUUACAUCGUUUCGGAGCUCAGCAGUGCUUUGCGUCGCGGUGCCCAAUUACAUGUGUUGGGUUUUACUGUGCACUCGCUCCUUCUUGAGCUGAAAGAUGUCAUAGUCCCUGGCGAUUUGGAUGCCAGUGUUGAAGGUAUUAGCGAUAUUAUCAUUGAGGAUAUAUUUGGCACUACUGGUCAAGAAAAGGAUAGUGAUGGCUAUGUUACAAGCGCCAAGGAGGUCAAACAGCACAAGAGCUUUGACACCGCCGAGAUUCUUGCCUCUAAUAUUAAUUUGCCGCAAUUUGGUCUCUUCAUUCAGCCCAUCAAGGAUCUGCUGCUUUACACAAAGAUUAAUUUAAAGACUGAACGAAAGGUGAGCGAGCUGUUGCAGAGAAUUUCGAAUGGCCUUCACCGUAACGCGGUUUCAAAAUCUCAGCAGGGCCUGGUUAUGUGCUUCCAAAUGUACAAAAUGUGUACUUCGGCAACCGAGCGCCAGGAGCGUGAAAGUGAGCUCGCGAACGGGUCCUUGCCGACCGAUCGAAAAGCAAUUCUUGAUAGAGCGGCCAAGGAGUCAGAGGCAUUCUUCACUGUUCGACUUUCUUCCCGCCAUUGGGAUGAAACUAAUGGUGCACGCAAGUUAUAUGUGAAACAGUUAUAUUUGCUGCAAACAUUCGUGCUUGACGCCCUCCGCACAAUGCUAGGUGCCACUGAGUUGUUGACGGUUGCAAAUGUCAAAGGCCUGCUUCCUAUUGUUGAAGAAGCCAUUCAAAGUAAUCAGGAAGACACUCAGAUUGCUGCCUUGAAGCUUGCAACAUCUUCGCUUCGAAUCGCUGUUCCGGGUAUUGAUGAUCGCAUUACCAGCCUUGGCAGGAGGACUCUUGCACUUAUUAAAACGACUUCGUCAACAACUACCGAGCUAUGCCAGGCUUGUUUGAAGUUCCUGGUAAUGCUUUUCAAGCACAAACCGGACUUUGAACUCAAGGAGGCUGGUAUUGGUUACAUUCUAGAUCGCAUCAAACCGGACAUCGAAGAACCUGAUCGUCAAGGUGUAUCGAUUGGGUUCACUCGUGCUAUCUUGAGCCGUAAGCUUUUACUCCCUCAGCUCUACGACAUGAUGGAUCAGAUUGCAAAGGUCAUGGUCACAAACCAAAGUGCUAUGGUUAGAACAGCUUGUCGAUCUGCAUAUCUUCAGUUUUUGCUUGAAUACCCUCAUGGCAAACAGAGGCUCGAUAAGCAUUUUGCAUUCUUGGUCUCUAAUUUACAAUACCCCUCGUCUAAUGGUCGUUUGUCUGUUAUGGAAAUGAUCCGACUUGUUAUCACCAAAGUCCACGAGGAGCAGAUCGAGGCUACACUGACCUCGUUCUUUGUUGGCCUUGUUCUUGUUCUUGUAAAUGACGAUGAGGCAGAAUGCCGUUCGACUGCGUCCAAGUUGAUCAAAGAGCUGCUGACCCGAGUGGAUAGUGACUCUAAGACUGUUAUCAUUGACUACUGUGUGUCCUGGCUGAGCAAACUUGGAACUAAUAACUUGCUGGUUCGUGGAGGAAUGGAAGUUGUUGCGAUGAUGGGCGAAGCUGGUGGGUACCUGGACAAUCAAAAGCUUCAAGAACGUAUCGAUAAGACUGUUGUUGAAGUCCUUGAAGGAAGUCGCAGACAAUCUGGGCUUGAAGUCGAAUGGCAGCUUGUUUAUUUUGUGUUGCAGUAUGUGUCUCAGCAAUCGAUCUCGCUUGAAACUCUCAAGCUCGUAGAAGAUGCACUUUUGUUCCCUCAUCCUUGGGUUCGUGCCUUAGCUGGUCGUAUUUUUGGCAGUUAUUACACGCUAGCCAAAACAGAAGGGAAGCCUCUGUCUACUGAGCUUUUGACUGAAGCAGCAAACAGGUUCAUGCGUCAAAUGGGUGCUCCCAGUUUACCUGAACCCGAUGGAGUCCAAAUCGUAAAGAACCUUGUUUACACGGUGACUGCCUGGGAGUCUACUACCCCCGCACCCACGGUUGAAACCAAGACUGGAGAACAAAAAUGUACAGAGUGGUUGUUCAACCGUGUAAGUGGACUUUUGCGUGUUGAUAUUCACAACCCUGAGACAGUAGGAAGCAAGACAGCGGCUGUGCAGCUUCUUGCCUCGCUUGCACAAGUUCUCGGUGCCGAACGAUUGAAGCCACUGGCAGAAAGCGCUAUUCUGGGACUGUACGUUUUAACUCAGCACCUUGACGAUGAUGAGAAGACUGAACUUCGAGAUCUAGCCCAGCAGGCCCUGACAAUCUACCACAAGGCGUUGGGAACUACGGAGUAUCUCCAUCUCUACAAUGCGGCACGGCAACAAGUUCAAACCAAGCGUUUGGAGCGUCGUACCAAACGAUCUGUUGAGGCGGUGACUGCCCCAGCCACGCAUGCCCGCAAGAAGAUCAAGAAGAACAUCUUGAAAAAGGAAUCGCGUCGCCGGCAUGCCAAGGCAAAGCGAACGUAG